AUGUUCAUUUGGAAGUGCUGACGAAGUCAUCGUGUCCCAAAUCGCCAUCUGCGAUGAAAUUUGGUGCAGUUCUUUAGCUUUGGCUCAAAUCAGCUGGCUGGCCGCAUGUCGCUGCCGGGAGAGGGAAAACGUGUCGUGCAACCGAGAAUUUCCUCCCGUUUCGAAUUCGGCCGCUGAAUUCAUGAGACGUGUCCUCGAAUAUGUCCGCAUGAAGUCGCGCCGCGUCCAAAAGGCGACAGUUUAGAAUAAGAAGUGGGCGUCUGGAAUUCAAAACCAUAAUCAUGCGUGUGGCGGAGAUGGGCGGGAGGUAGUUGCGUUGGCGGCCGUCAGGGGGACGGUCGUUCGGAAUAUUUUUGAACAAAAAAUUAUCUAAAUAAAAUCCGAAAGGCGCCAUAGUGACGAGGUCCAAGGUAGGAGGAGAGCGUCGUGUCCUUUCGGAUCAUGUGGGUGUGUUUGCCGAAGGAUAAGAACGCGGCCAGUGAUGAAAUAGGCGUCUGAAAAAAAAAGAGGGCGGUGUGUGAGAGUGAGUGAGUGUGACCCUCGCCAGCGAGUAUAACUCUUUCGACCCAAAAACGAAAAAAACAGGAAAAUGAAAGGACUUGACGAUUAAUCGAAUUUCUUCUUCUACUCCUGAGGUCGCGCGGCGGACGGCGGCGGCGGCGGAGGCACCAGCGGUGGAUCUCUCUCCUCUCCUCCUCCUCGCUAUUUAUGUCUCCUAAGCGUAUGCAACAUGAGCUUCCGAGAAGGUAAAGCUGGAAGACGGAGUGAUUCAGUGUGGUGGCACUUUAGUAAGCGCUGGACAGAUGAAAAGCACUAUGUGGUGAUCUGUAACCAUUGCAAACAAAGAGUCAGUGCCAAAGUCGAUAGACUGCGGAGGCACUUGAGGAAGUGCAUUCCGGGCUAUGAAAGUCCCAAGCCUGACCUAGAAGGGUCUGAGGGUCCUUUGCCAGCUAGCAUGAGCUGUAACGAUCCUUCUGAGUAUGCCAUGCCACAGCCCAAUAUAGAGGAUACCUCUUCCCACCUCUCUCCUUCGUGGAAAACGGAAAAUGUUCUUGUUGAUAGUAAGGACUCCCCACAUUCCCCGUCUGCAAUGGCGAACCAACAGUAUUGCCUCAAGUGGAACAAUCAUCAGUCCAAUCUCCUGCGUGCGUUUGACAGACUGCUUCAGUCUGAGUCUUUCACUGAUGUCACUUUGGCCUGCGAAGGCAGGUCCCUCAGAGCACACAAGGUGGUGUUGUCAGCAUGUAGCAGUUACUUUGAACAGCUUUUUGAGGAACAUCCAGACAAAUCACCCAUCAUCAUACUGAAGGACAUGAAGUUUGCUCAUGUUUCUCAACUGGUGAAUUUCAUGUAUCGCGGAGAGAUUAACAUUACACAAGAUAUGUUAUCAGGUUUGCUUAAGACAGCAGAAACCUUAAAAGUCAAGGGAUUGGCAGAGGUGUCAGGAGAUCAGCCUGUUCAAGCUGUUAAUCCCAUGCCUCCAGUUCUUCGGCUUGCUGCUUCACUUCCUCAGAUGGUGGCCCCCAGCAAUUCUCCGUUAACCACUGCUCUCAAUGCUCCGCUCGUUGGUCCACCAACACUGGCACCACUCACAGCAUUGCUAAAUCCUGACGGGAUGGGUUUGGAUGAACGCAGAGUCAACCUCUUGAAGCGGAUGAGUGCAGCACAUGAAGCAGUAGCAGCUGCUGCAGUGACAGCAGCGGCAACAGCUGUCGCUACAGCUGACGUUGGCGGUGGAGGAGGUGGAGGUGGAGGGGGUGGAGGAGGAGGAGGAGGAGGUGGGGGCGGAAGCGUCGGCGGAGGCGGUAGCGUAGGAGACGUCAUUCACGAACCGCCUCAGAAGAUACCGAGAAGAGAACUGAAAGAGGAAGGCGAUCCAUCCCAGUUACCACACGGCUCCUUGUUCAUGAGUCCCCAAGACCAGUUGGCAACAUCGAAGACACCCCCAGUGCAAAAUGUUCUCACCCCCAUCCCCCACGAACUAACUGUCAAUUCGCAGGCAGAGCUACCUGAUUUUCUGAAAAACUUUACUGUCUUCAAACUCAAUGAUUAUUUGGGUUUCCGCACAAGACAACAGUUUUGGGAAGAGCCAUCGGUUAGACGCAUUCUGGAAGGAAUCAAGAAUAAAGAAAUAGACAUGAAAAGUGCAGCAGAACUUAUUGGCGUGUCUUACGGGACUUUAUAUGGACGAUACCGUGAAGUGUUUGGCUAUUUAAAACACUCUUGGGUGAAUAAACCUGGUCGAAAUUCAGGCCCAGGACAAAAAGAGCGAUCUAUAUGGGAAGAGUCUCGAGCCCAGGAGUUGAUUCAGAGGGUACUUAGCAAAGAGCUGUCGUUGACAGCCGCUGCUGUGAGACUUGGGGUAGAUACAAAUACGUUCUUUGCACACAUAACAGACAACGGUAAGAAUAAGUCUCGUGUAGCACUUUUGCUAGGUACGGAUGCCAAUACAGAAAAUAAUUCUUUCAUGAACGCCAAUCAUAGUGAGGAUUCAGAUCACAACAAUUCUGCAGGAGAUCCUCUAGAGAUUCCCCCAGGUGAUCCCUUAGGAGAAGAUUCUAAUCCGCCACCUUAUCCAGGAAGUAGUGAAGAUGGCAAUAUGGAAGGUGUGAUGGAAAAUUCACAUGCCGGACCAGAAAUGAACGGAGAUGACAAUGAAGAACCAGAAAUCAUCGAGGAUACAGCCGAUCAGAGUAGAUCAGGAGAUGAGCAGGGAAUGCCAGAGCAAGUUACAGCAAUGCAGGAAAUGACAGAAGGUGACGAGGCGGCAGACCAAGGCGUAGGGGAGCCACAGGAUGCGGGAGAGACUGUGGAAAGUUUCCAGUCCAUGGUAGAGGAUGAUCCUGGCGAAAAUGAAUGUGAUGCCGCUGUGGCUAACAAUUGAUACACCCACUUACUUACUUCGUAAGGAUAAGGCACAAAUACCAGUUUUCAGUGAUGAAUGAAAUAACCUAAGGUGAGCUUUCGGUCAAAGUACUUUUGACGUGGCUCCAUCAUACAAAUAUAGUGCAACUUAAUCUCAGUAAAACAUGUUUUAUUAGGGUACCAACUGAUUGUAUUACAUUUAGAGGAAUGGUUUGAAAGAAUGUUUGAGGGCUAUUAAAUGCUCAAUUAGCGUGUUGGAGUUUAUGACUGAGGAAAUGUUUGGUAUUGGGGAGUGAUUUGUUAUUGUGUAGCAUAUGAUCGAGUGUUGCUACAAGAAUGCAUUAACUGUUUUGCCACUAGUUUUGACACAAAGCAAAUGUGUUGGUUAUCUCACAGGGAGCUGAGAAAUGAUGGACAGUGUUGGGGAAACAGAAUAAGAUAAGGACGGCUUUGCUGAGGCACGUUUUAUGCCAUAUGUAUUGAAGUUUCAAAAUGCAGGACAGGUUCAGUGUGACGGCAAGGAUGUUGAAGGUUUCAGUAAUUAUCGUCAACAUUUCUAGGGAUUGGCAUCCGGAGGAUGGAGAUAGUUUUCAUAUCAGUGACCUGACGAAGUUUAUUGGUGAAAUUGCCUUUGCCGUUGCAGUACAUUUUCAUAUUGCAACGUUAUUGAUUGUUAACAAACUGGAUAUUAAGAUUUAUCUGACUUGAGAAGAUAAAUGAUUAGCAUGUGAGCAUUGCAUUUUUUUCUUUUGGUGCUUUGCUUCACAGCAACUGAUCUGAUGUUAAGAUAAGCUCUUUUAAUAUUUUUAUUAAAUAUAUAUAAAAAUGUUAUGGCAUUGCAGCUGUCUUUGGUAUUUACCUAUUAUAAGUGACUAGCAGGUAGGAAAUCUAUAGCUUUUUUCUUUGUCUUUAGUAAUGCAUAGUUUGCUUUAUUUUGAAUGCAAAGCUAUCGACAAUGAGCAGCUAAUUCAGCGUUGGCUUUGACUGAUAACGUCAGAGAUAGUGGCAAUAUUAACUUUAUAUACGAACCCCAAAGACUAUACCUUUAUGAGCUAUUUAAUGGUUCAAGUUUUGUACUUUGAAUAAAUUAGAAAUCAUUUACCAGAUUUAACUUUUAACAUCCCAUACAUUAUAUAACAAUAAAUACCCCUAGCUCUGUCAAUUCGUGCAAGUGUCACUUCUACCCUUCUUGUGAGUUGCAAACAUGAAUUGACAUGAUGUCUAAGGGUAUUUUUCCAAUAUAUAUAUAUAUAUUUAAAUAUAUGAAAUUGUAUAUUUUAUUAUACUUUUACUGUUUUAUUUAAUUUUUUUUGUUAUACAGUACUAAUGUGUAUUCAUUUAUUCACACAAGAGGAAUAAAGAGCCUCCUAUUUUGAAUGGAAGGAUCACUUCACUAUUUAUGCCAUCCAGAAAUGACAAAAGACUCGUUCUUGUUGAAAAUUCUUCAAAUAGCAGUUUGUUUUUGUUGUUACACUUUCUUCAUAUACGUUUAUCUUAGUGAUCUCGCACCUUUACGAAUAAAGAUUGCUUCAUUGCGUCCAAGGUGAAGUUACACAAAGUAUUGCGGAUUUCUCCACGUACGAGGUUACAGUUUAUGCAAAAUCAAUUGUGAAAACCUGUGAGCAAUUCCAUGGGUACAUUUUUAUCCCCCACAAAGUUUGUUAGGGCUCAUGUUGUGAGUUGUUUUCUAGAUUUGCUGCUGACCUUGAAAUAACUCUGCAGAAAGGCAUCGUUUUGCUGUCAUUUUUGAUGAAAGUUGUAGUUUAAGAGUUGAAUAAUAAGUGCAUGGUUUUUUUAUGCAUAUAGUUGUGUAAUAGCUGUUUUAUGUUGGUAUGUAUAGUCACCACUGUGCUCUGCUAUACUUUGAAGACAAAAAAAAAAAUAAUGAAGAGAUGUUUGAGUUAGGUAGCCCCCUCCCCCAUCUGCCGCUUGUACUUAGAAGGCAAGUGGUGUAGGUAACAUUCCCUGAUAUGUCACGUAUGUGAUACUGAAAGGCAUAGGCUGCACCAACAGAGGUAUGUGUUAUGUUCACUUAUGCUUUUUUUUUUAUUCAAGGUUAAAGUGUUUGAUCUAUGUAUGUUCAAAAUUCAACUUGAAAUAUAUAUGCAUUGUACUAUGAUUGUGAUGAAGCUGAAAAAUAAUUACCGGUAGUUUUGUUUUACAUGUCAUACUGGAUUUUUAAUUUACAAAAUUCAUUUUGUGAGCCUGGUUUUAUGCUGAUUGAAUGAAUGUGGAAUUACACUUGCACAACAUAAUGUAAAACAUACACAUGCAUUUAUGCAGACCUAGGUACAUGUACAUUCAUUUGUGUGUAAAACAGAUAUGUGAUGGUUUAAACUAAAACUUUGACGUGGAUAUGCUUUUAAAACUAAGUAUGUUAUGUUCUGUAGAUGAUGUUUGCAUGAGAACAUGGAAUUACUAUUGUGCCACAUAUAUUGAGUUCACAUUAGAAUUUAUCUGUUCAAAACAAGAUUUGAACUCAAUACCUCUGAACAACAUGCCCAUUGUCAACCAGUGCCACCUGGUCUGUUGAAAACGUGAUCAUUGGUUUUAUAUCAUACCUGAGACAUGUACAUUUCCAUUUGAUGAAGGAAUGCAGAGUAUAGCAGUUUUACCCAAACGAGAGUUCAAAUAAAUGUGACACACUCCAAAGGGGCACACGAGAUACAGGUAGUACAAACUUCAUUGUGUUGAUGAUGGAUUUAGGCUAAAAUAGGUUAUUUUCCAAAGUACAUUGUACUGACUCUAGGGAUUUUUUUUUUUUAAAGCCAAAAAGCCUUGAAGUAUAAAUAAAUGUCAAAAACGUAAAAGUAGAUUAAUGCAGAAGAAAGUUGUGAGAAGCAGAAACAUGCAAGCUCAUUAGCCAUUUCAACUAGGACACAUUGAAAUUUCAAAUGGUCAGUGUACAUUGCAGUGGUAUUGAUUGCAUACUUUUGACAUACUAUACAUGACAAUUUUACACACACAUUUGCAUGUAUACACAAAAUUACAUGAUGUGUUUGUCAGAUGUAUGCUGGCACAAUUUUUAAAGCUGUGUGGCAUUAUAUUCCAGGAGACCGCUCUAGAAUAGUGCAAGACUAUGAUCCUAAUGUUUGUUUUUGAAGGUGAAGAAAUGUAGUCAAUUUUAUCUUGAGCAUACAGCUCUUUUUGUCACUUUUAUAUAAUGUGGUUCAGAAUAGUGUACUUUUUGACAGUGAUCUACAUUAAAUAAUUACAAAACAUGUGGCAGUAUGUAGGGUGAGGUUUUUACUGAGAUGUGAUCCAAAAUUAGUUUGUUAUAAGGUCUUUAGUGUUUGUAUCUGAAAAUGUAAAUGGUUUAUAUACAUAUCCAUAUGCUAGUGUGCACACAAACAUAUCUUGUAUGCUUUAGUAUAUGUUAAUGUAUAUAUUGUUUGUAGGUGAGAACAGUUUAAUACUAUUAGUACACACAUACAGCCUUCUUAAGGAACUCACUUAUUUACACAAAUAACGAGAUAUCCCAGUAAAUGAGGCAUAUGCCUUGUGCCUGUGCCUGAUUGAAUGUGAAAUUCAACUCCUCUCUCUUGUGAUACCUGUGACAAAUAUUUGAUCAACAAAAUUUCUAGUUACUUAGUUAAUUGUGAUUCCCAUUGCAGUAGAUGAUUUCAUCCUGGGUUGUAAUUCCCCAUUCCAUUAUUUUAUAUUUGCAAUUUGCUCCAUGUAUCUCUCAGUCAUUUAGUAUUAGUGCAAGUGAUUUUCAGACGAUGACCUUUGACAUGCAUGGAUAGUGCCAAGUUCCCCCAAACUAUUAACACUUGAGUUGCAAGAGAUUCUGGGUUUUACUCGCAGUAUAUUUUGAAGAUGGCCUUGGUGUUACGUGAUCUCACACCUUAUAAAGUAGACACCGUGUCGUACAGAAAGAUGAUACAUAAAGUCACGUUCAAGUUGCAACCCAUCAAAGCACAAGAUCAUCUCUGCUUGGAGUUGUGUGUGUUCCUUGUGUCUACUUGUCAAGAAAAGAAGAAGUGGUCUUUUCCAGUGGCAAGUAUUUCUCAUUUGUAACAGAUUUAACAAACAAUACUGCAGUGGUGAUAAAUGUGUGACAAACGACUACAGACUUAAGGUGAACGAGCUAGCAAAUUUCCUGGAGGGUGAGGGAACUAUUCUUCAGCAACAGUAAUUAACCCCCAUUGAUUUCAUUUGUGGUAAGGCCUUUGUCCUGUUGAAGGUCUGUGACACUGGUUGUGAGGAUGACUUAUCGUUGAUGAAUUAUCAACAUUGGUGAGUACGGUACUAUGCAGUCCGUCUGUUCAAUUUUUUAGUUGUGUUGUUUUCUUUCCUACGUCGUGGGUAGAAUUAGGUCCAGGGUCAUGUUCAUGUUGUUACUUUACUUUUUGCACCAUGAAUAUUUGUGGUGUGAAAAAUGUGGUGCCAUUUGUAGUCAACAGUAACUUAGUAGCCACGAAAUCGUUUCAUCAGUUAUAUAUUCAAAUGCUUAUGAUAAAGGUAAAUUUCAAAUUCAGAGUACAGUAAUGCUGUAGAAACACACUUUUUGCAGCUAAAACAUUGGCUGUCAUGAUUAGUGUGUAAACCUUGAGAACAUUUGUGUGGUACAUAUUUUAUUGCUUCAUUUAUCUCAAGAACUGAAGACAAGGUUUUUUUUAUUGCUAAGGGGUUUUAUAUGAUGCAGUAUUAUACGUAUACCUUGAUUAUUUUGGCAUACGCAGUUCUAAUUUUGAUAUAGUAUCUUAUAUUCAGCCCUCUAGCAUUUUUUAAGUUAUGUCUUUACAGUCCCUCUGCAUGUUGAUAAAAUAUUGCAGUACUAAUUGUGCCAUGCAAAGUCUUGUGGCUUUUUGGUCGUGCUGGUGGAAAGUGCUGUACAGAGAACACUGCACUGAAACCAUGCAUUUGCAGAUUGAGUAAGAUCAUUUGGUGUACAUUUUUGUGUGCGUGUGUUUCAAGUUCCUUGUAUCUUCAUCAAAAGUGUCACUAGAGUUGCUUUCCACCUCUUACAAAAUGCUCUUUGUGAUCAAUCACUACAGUCCUAUUAAUUUGUAUACAACCUUGCCACUUUUGCCAUUUGGUGUGUUUGGGUAUAAUUCAGGAGGUUUAAAUCUAAGAAUUCAGACAUUGGAGAAGGAUGAUUUGAAAAUAUUCUUUUUCUUGUUGUUUUCUAAUUUUUUUCUAGUGCAAAGUGUAAUAUGUGUGUGGAUAUUAACUUACAGGCUGAAGAAAAAGAUUUAAUUACAUGUCAGCAAGAGGAGUAGAAUUGAAGUAUCCUAGAAAUAUACAGUGAAUUUAAAUAAACAAGUUUAGUUAGACAAAACUUCAGAAAGCUUAAUUUGUAAAGUUGAGAAGAAGGGACAAGAAACAAGGAUGGGGUUCAAGAUGAGCAGAAAUUGGGCACAGGCACAUGACCAAUAUGCCAAUCCUUCCUCUGACCACAUGAAACAAGCGAAUAUUUACUCAUAAACAUAAUAUAAGAUACUCUUAAACAAACAUGUACACAUGCUAUAUCCAUUUUUACGUGAAAGACUAAUCUUGGGAAAGUUUUUUUGAAAGUUACAGUAUUAAUGUCUAUGACCAUAUUUCUGUUACGUUACCUGGUUUGCGAUGAUGUGUAGAAUGGAAGUUGGUUUUAUGUCGGAAUCGUGUGUAAAAUUCACAGAUUUUCCGUUCUGUUCGGUUGUUGAGUAUGUGAUACAUUGAACGGUGGUUGAUUUUGUCUUGUCUGAGAAUCGGAAGACAUUUGGAUGCAGUGCUCAUUCAGAUUGUUUCGUAUGUGCUUUUUUUCAAGGCUAGUCCCACAAUUACUUUCAUGAAUGUAUGUUACGUGUUUUAUGUACAUUGUUUAUAUUAUGCAUAUAUACAGUACAGUAUGUAUAUAUAUCCUAUAUGUAUGCACAGUGUGUAUAGGGAAGCAUCAAAUCUCCAGUUUAUUGUAAACCCAGUUAAGUAUUACAGAAGUGUAUUAAUUACUUUGGCUCAAAUGAGAAUUUUCUCUUUAAUUACUCUGAUUUGUAACUAUUUUUGAGACGAGGCAGGAUUUGGGUAAGUUAACAUCUUGCUCGAUGUCAUGCUGGGUUUGCAGUGAAUUUGGUCCAUUGCUUUAUUGUGUAUGUAUGUACAGUACAUGUGUGUAUGUUUGUGUGUAUAUUUAUAUACACAUACUGUAAGUGUAUGCAUGUAUAUAUAAAUAUUAGUUUUUUUUUUUUUCAUACAAAAUCCAAAGGAGUUUGGAGCAUUCAUGGAAGGAUGCCAUCUAUUUUCAUCCCAGUGUUUAGACUUAGAUUUUAUUUGGAACUGAAUUGGUUAUUAGCACUGCACUGCAGUCAGUUUGUAUCCAGUUUUCUCUGUUGAAAAGUUAGUUGUGAUAGUUUUGCCGGGUUUACAGAAGUGGUAGUUUUUGUAGGCGAUUUUUAGUUUCAGAAAAGAAUUGAUAUGUUUUGGGGUAGCAAGUACUAUAAGAUUUUGUUGUGUACUUGAAACAAUUAUUUGAUACUGAAAGAGUUUACAAAGUUUUUUUUUUUAUAAAAUUCGGGAACGUUUUCCAAAAAUAUUUGCUAGUGUGUGCAAAUUCAUAUGCAUCAUUUGUAUAUAAUAUUUGAUGUCAAGUGUACACUUAUCAUGUAGUGCAAAUUUGAACCAAACGAAAGUCUGCUCCUUGGAAGAAGACCAAAUUUUACAAAGUGUUGUAGUACUAUUUGUAUGGUUAUCUUUUAUUGUGAAAUACAGAUUGCGUGAUUAAAUCCACUCCCAGUUGACUUUUUAAGUUAAGGAAAGGAGCCGGCCUUUAUCAUUCACUAUUUUUCUUCUCUCUUUCCGAAGUGGCCUUAAAAAUGAGUGUGAAAAUGCAAGACACACCAAAGCGUUUCAGUAAACACAGCAACGAGCCUUCUCUCUCCUACAACAUAUUUCAAGUGUUAGUCUAAGCAGCUUUUUUGUGUGUGGCACAGAUCACUUGUAUUUUGACUUGUAAUUUCUAGAACUUGCUAUGAACAUUUAGUAAAAGUUUCUAACUUAUGCCGGAUGAGAAGUAACAUUUUUUGCCCAAAUCUGUGGUCUUGGUAAGUCUUGAAAAUUUUUGUUUUACUAUUAUGUGUUAAGUCGAUGUUCAUACACUUGGAUAUGCCUUGUUCCUUAGGGUGCCUUAAAAAGCAUAUUGUAUAUUACUAUUUUUUGUAACAUAACUGGGACACCUUGAGGUAAACAUUGGGUAAUUAAGACCUAUUUAGACAUUAUUGUAUGUACUAUAAUAUUAUAAUCACAACAUAGGCUAAUAAGUGGAUGAGAUAGUCACUAAUUCUAACAAUAUUCUUGUUUGCUCUUCAAUCAUAUUUUUACUAUGAGCCUUCAACCAAAGUGUAUUACUACCAUAAUAAAACUUCUUCAUUUUUACCCUCUAGUUUAGAGUAACACUGUAUUGGUUUACAAAUUUCUGAUAUUGCAUUUUGCAGUGUAUGUAGUUUAUAAUUAGUACUGUAUAUGAAUGUAUUUAUCUACUUCAAUACUGUGCUAUGCAGUGAUUGGUUGAUUCACAUAUCAAAAAUAGUCUAGAAACUUAUAAGUACAGUAUUUCUUAACUGCAUUAAGACCUACUCAGUGUCAGGGAAUAAUCAGAAUUUUCUCGUAUGAUUUCUCCAAUUUAUGCAGUAUGUGGCUAUAGGUGGAAAGCAGAUGACUGGAAGGUGGUUCGAUAUCAAGCUCAUUGUGUCUAAUUUGUGUUGGAGUUUCAAAGGCAGUAAUUUGGUGUGACGUAGAGUGAAUAUUGAAAAUCAAAUCCGUAACAUUUGCAGAUGGGAGGAAAACACUGCACACUACGAGUGGGUUUGCAUAACUACCUGUCAUGAUAACAAGCAGCAGUUGGAAAUAAGGAGGACACAUUUCAGUUUGUAUCUUGGGAGAGACUCCAAGAACAGAGGCAGAAGCUUUAUUUAAAACCAGUCAGUCGAGUUGAGAGACGGAAGUAGAAUUUUUUUUUUAUAUUUUUUAUUCCUUUUUAGGUUUUGCAGUGUGUAAUGACAUUACAUCAGAGGUCAGCUUAGUGCAAUGAACCCAUGAACAAAUGUUUCAUGUUUGUUUUUCGAAUUCUGACCCUAAGAGAAUAUGAAACCUUGUAUAUAUAUUUUCCUGUCUAACAACCCACUAUCAUCUAUGGGUAUAAGGGUCAUAUAUGUUUAUUAUUAGGUUCUUAUUGUCAGUAAUAUGUAUGCAUAUGAAUAUAAUAAAUUUUAAUGAAU